AUGCCUUCGCUUAAUGUGACAGCUGUGCACACAAUGGCAGAGGUCGGGAGUUUUUUGGGGACAAUCGACUUGGAUUUACAAAGCUUUCCUGCACUCGGAAAUAUGCCCAUACCAGAGUCUCCAGUGGGGUUGAAUGAGCGGCUGGGGCAGAUUGAAGGGAGGCUGCAGCGGGGGUCGCCGACAGAUUUCGGGCACCUCAAAGGGAUCCUGAGGCGGCGUCAGCUCUACUGCAGGACCGGCUUUCAGCUGGAGAUAUUCCCCAACGGGACUGUGCAUGGGACAAGACAGGAUCACAGCAGAUUUGGUAUCCUGGAGUUCAUCAGCCUGGCAGUGGGUCUGGUCAGCAUCAGAGGGGUGGACGCUGGACUCUACCUCGGCAUGAAUGAGAAAGGAGAGCUCUAUGGGUCGAAGAAGCUGACAGCAGAAUGUGUGUUCAGGGAGCAGUUUGAGGAGAACUGGUACAACACCUACGCUUCAACUCUGUACAAUCACACAGACACAGGACGCUUCUACUACGUGGCCUUAAACAAGGAUGGCUCGCCCAGGGAGGGCGGCAGGACUAAAAAACACCAGAAACUCACCCACUUCUUACCCAGGCCGGUGGAGAUUGAAAAGAUCCCUCAAGCAUACAGGGACUUAUUCCAAUACAGGUGA